ACUUGAAGACGUACCAAGCCCUUCGAGAAGACGACAAGACUAACAGUGUAUAGUUAUUACUUUGAACAAGUUUAAAUCCAUCAACGGUGUCAACUCGAGAGUAGUGAGAACAUUUAUCAAUAGACAAGGUUGGGCCAUGCCGGCGCCAUCCAUCCCGACUGCAGCGGCGUUUCUCGUGGCCGUUGCUUUAGGACAGACCCUGCUGACCCAAGAUGUAAACGCCGAACCCCACUUCUGUGACGUGACAGUGACGGUACCUCAGGAAGAGGAGAUCACCCCACGGGAGAACACCACCGCGCCCUGCAGCGACGUCGUGACGCUGAUGCUGGAGGGAUGGCAACUGGACCCCGAAUCGUCCGAUCCAGACUCCUCAAUCUGCGUCUACUACAAACCUGCGGUGACACAGACCAUCAUGGUGGAGGAGACUCACCAGGGAUGCUGUGAUGUUAGUUGAUAUGAGUUAAUGAGUUAUGUUAAUGGGUUAGUGGUCAGGUUAGUAAAGACAUGUUCCUGUUGCAGACCUGCGGUGACACAGACCGUCAUGGUGGAGGAGACUCACCAGGGAUGCUGUGAUGUUAGUUGAUAUGAGUUAAUGAGUUAUGUUAAUGGGUUAGUGGUCAGGUUAGUAAAGACAUGUUCCUGUUGCAGACCUGCGGUGACACAGACCAUCAUGGUGGAGGAGACUCACCAGGGAUGCUG